CUCUUCUACAUCAUGUCCACAACUGCUGAAAAGACUCCUGUCACUCCCGAAGUUGAUACCACCAUUGCCAACUCUGAUGUGGUCGGAAAGUACAAGGAUGCCGCUGCCAUUACCAACAAGGUCCUCGCUGAAGUGAUCAAAAUGUGUGUUGUUGGUGCCAAGGUUAUGGACAUUUGUAUUGCUGGUGAUAAACUUAUCAAUGAAGCUACCAAACUCGUUUACACCAAAGGAAAAUUCACCAAGGGUGUUGGUUUCCCUACCACUGUCUCUUUGAACAACUGUGUUGCCCAUUUCUCCCCUAUUGCUUCUGAUAGUGAAUCCGAACUCACUUUGAAGGAAGGUGAUGUCGCCAAGAUUCAAUUGGGUGCUCAAAUCGAUGGUUAUUGUUCCACUGUUGGUCAUACUCUUGUUGUUGGUGCUUCUGCUGAUAAACCUGUCACUGGUGUCAAGGCUGAUGUUAUCCAAGCUGCUCAUACUGCUUUGGAAGCUACCAUUCGUAUGAUUCGUCCUGGUAACAAGAAUAUGGAAAUCACAAAGACUGUUGACAAGAUUGCUGCUGCUUACAAUACCAAACCUGUUGAAGGUAUGUUGUCUCAUCAACAAUUACAAAAUGUCACCGAUGGCAAGAAACAAAUCAUCUUGAAUCCCACUGAAGGUCACCUUAAGGAUUUCCAACGUGUUGAAUUUGCUGAAAACGAAGUAUACUGUGUGGAUAUUUUGAUCUCCUCUGGCGAAGGCAAGGUGCGUCAACUUGACUCUCGUACCACCGUUUACAAGAAGACUGGUACUCGUUAUCAACUCAAGAUGGCUACUUCCCGUGCUGUUCUUGCCGAAAUUCAACAAAAGGCUGGUGCCUUCCCCUUUGCUCUCCGUGAUUUGGAAGAUGAACGCAAGGCUCGUAUGGGUAUUGUGGAAUGUGCUAAGCAUCAAACUGUCUUGCCUUAUGAUAUUGUUUACGAACGUGAAGGUGCUAUCGUUGCCCAAUUCUUGACCACCGUACUUGUCUCCAAGAAUGGUAACACUUUGGUCACCAAUCCUCUCUUUGAUGCCUCCGUAAUCAAAUCUGACAAGUCCGUUACUGAUGAAGACAUCCUCAAGUUGCUCGCCACUGAAUACAAGGUUCCUCAAAAGAAGAAGAAGGCCAAGAAGGCUGCUCAAUAGUUUAAUAGUAUUUAUCAUUUGUGGUUUUUUUUUUAUAUAUUUAUAUUUGAUUAUACUCUUUUUUGUACAGUGAUGAUGUUCUAUUUUGGAAAUACAUUAUAAAAUAAAAUACAUCUUUUUUUUUUGUUUUGUUUUAA